AUGACUGGUCAUCCAUCACCGUUGAUAGAGGAUUACCUACGGGAAGCGGGUUUUUGGUACGUGGCGAUGAUAGGCCGGGGGUGCAAGUUGGACCCGAAACUUAUUAGUGCGUUGUUAGAAAGGUGGAGGCCUGAGACGCACACAUUUCAUCUUCCAUGUGGAGAGUGCAUUAUCACUUUGAAAGACGUGCAUUUACAAUUAGGAUUGCCGGUGGACGGGGAUGCAGUCACUGGGUCCGUUCAUUCUGCUGAUUGGGGAGCGGUAUGCUAUGAGCUUUUGGGUGCUAUUCCGGAUAAUAUUAACGGAGGUCGGAUCGAGAUGGGCUGGUUACGAGACACAUUUCUGGAGCCGAAUGAUGAUUCUACCGAACUAGAAAAAAUUCGAUAUGCUCGAGCAUACAUUCUUCAGAUAAUUGGCGGUUAUCUGAUGCCGGACUUGUCACGAAACCAUGUACAUCUGAGAUGGCUGCUGAAACUCGUUGAUUUUAGAGCAGCUAGUGAAUUUAGUUGGGGGUCUGCCGUGUUGGCAACACUGCAUCGGAGAUGUCUUGAGACUCUGCGAUCGAAUAAAGCGAAAAUCGGAGGUUGUCUAUCACUACUGCAAUCAUGGGCACGAUAUCUACUUCUAUUAGAGCAGCGAUUGGAAGCACAAGUAGUAAUUCCAGAUGAAUACUUGAAAAAUCCGAACGCUUGGCACGUGAAGGUCCCAUUGGUCAACUUUGCUAUUGUGGAUAUGCACCAAUUAGACAAAGUAUUAUGGCAAUUUGGAUUUCGACAACCGAUUCCUGUGGCACCUGAGGUGUUGGAUGAUCAUCACAAAAUCGACUUACGGCAAUUGCAUACGGAUUGGCCGAGAUUCUGGUCACACUAUAUCCAAAUGUGGGAAGAUCGGUAUGAUUAUAUACCUACUCGGGAACCGAUCAUCGUUCCAGAGUUGGCGUGCGUGCCAGAAUACAUGCCAUGGUUUAGGAUCUAUGGCAAGCCAUAUUUACAGUCAGAAGAGGAGAGGCAUCGGCAAUUGAGUGUCCAAAGGGAACGAUGUGGCCCUUUAAAUCCUAGAAGAAGGGACGACGACGUAGGCCCAUCAAUAGCGCCCACAUAA